UUUUCACUUAAGACAUGACUUAACACCGAAACUCAUAUCAAUUGCGAUAAACUGUUUGUACAAAAAUAAAAUGACGACAAUUAUUGAUGACUUGUUGUCAACUGAUUCGUACAUAGAAUUGGAACAAAUGAUUAUGAGGUCACAGAUCGACCAAUUGAACGAUGUUUCAGAUGAACCGUUAGAUGACUUGACGUUUGACUUAAUGGACGAUAACUUUAUAUUUGGCGACAAUUGUAUUACCGCCGAACCCGUGGCCAAUGAGGCCAUACCUGUAAACAUUAAUGAUGUUAACGCUAUGACAACGUUUACGACACUGACUUCUGCGGUCACCAUAUUUGAUGACAUUUGCGACAUUGGAAUUGAUCUUCAGUUCAUCGAUAAGUUGUAUGAAGAGUGUCCCUCAACAGUCAAUUCAACUGAUUUAAUAACUAAUGACUUAAACUCAUAUAAUGACAGGGCUUUUGAUACAAAACCCAUUGAUGACAAACAACAGAGUGCUUAUCAGUCAUUUAAUGCUGAUUUGAUGAUCAAUGAUACCGAUGGUCUGAUCUUUGGUCACUCAUAUUCAAAACAGAAGACUACUAUUGAAGAUCUGUUCCCACAGACGAGUGCCACAAAUAUUCAAAAUAAUAGUAGUUCUGAGACAGCAAAGAGAAAGAGAGGUCGACCACGACGUAUGCCUAUUGUUGAACAGAAUGUGAUUAAACGUCGAAGAGGUAGACCAUCACUGGAACCGGAGGUUAAGGAAAUCCGUAAAAAAAUAAGAGAGACUAAAGCUUCGGCAAAAUAUAGAUUUAAGAAGAAAAUGGAGAUAAAUAUUAUAUUAAGUAAAAAGAAAAGAUUGGAAACAAUGAUUGCUAAAAAUACAGAUAUUAUUUGUUUAAUUAAAGAUAAACUCAUGUCUUGUUUGCCAUUUUUAUAUAAUAAUUUGCAUUUUAUUAAUCAAGACGUCUCAUACAUCCGAAACAUAAAAUCUCUCUGCAAUUAAUCAUUGUUUACUGAGAGAGUUAUACUAAAAUUAUUUUUUUUGCCAUCAAUUGUCAUAUAUUUUAUUUUUUAAUAUACGGUAAAUAAUUUUAAAACAUGAUUGACA